AUGCAACUCACACCUAGGCGUCACGAACUUCUCUCCGUCUAUAUGUUAGGCGCGGGAACAUUGUUCCUCUAUCUCGGUUAUACUAUGCAAGCAUUCAUAGGUGAAGCAGUCAUUCAUGCUGUUAGUGAACGGUACCCAGGAAGAAUUUCACGGCUGGCUGGAUAUUAUGGGCAGGCAAUCCAUUAUACAGCGUUUGCUACUUCAUCGCUGCUCACUCCAACUCUACAAACCUAUUUGCGUUCCAAAUGGAUUCUCACUAUGGCUAGUCUACUGUUCGGCAUUUAUUAUUUAGGAUUUAUUCACGUGAACUCCAUCUACUUCUAUAUUUCGCAGGCUCUCAUGGGCGUCGGUUAUUCGUGUAAGUGA